AUGCAAAAAGUGAGAAAUGAAGUGCUGCCGGAGAAUCCGAGAGAGCGAUCCAAUUUUGUUUCAUCAUUAUGUUUUUGGUAUACCAUGCCCAUAUUUUUAAAGGGGUCCAAGGAUACACUGGAAACCAAGGACGUUUACAGGACCUUAAAGGAACACAAUUCGGAUAACCUUGGCAACAAAUUGUGCGCCUCGUGGGAGCGAGAAUCAAGAGGUUCCAGGGGAACCGCGAAUCUGCUAAGAGCUUUACUUCGAGUUUUCGGAUGGCAGUAUGGUUUUUUCGGUCUAGUAAACCUUCUCUUAGAGUUGGGACUGAGAUCCUUUCAGCCAAUGAUCUUGCUGAAGCUCAUUUCCUACUUUACGAACGGCUCAGAACAGUCUGAGGUAGGGUAUUACCACGCAGGUGGACUUAUUUUGAUCAGCGUUUUCAGUGUGAUCAUCGUACAUCCGCUCUUCUUUGGCAUUCAACAUAUCUGCUUCAAGAUGCGAGUCGCAAUAGGGAGCAUGAUCUAUAGGAAAGCGCUUCGACUGAGCAAGCGGGCACUGGCCGACUCGAUGUCGGGACAUGUGCUUAAUCUUAUAUCCAACGACCUGGGCCGUUUGGGCAGUGUACCUUUCCAUACUCACUACUUGUGGGUGGCGCCGCUGGAGACGCUAUUAAUCACUUUCUUCAUGUACCAGGAGAUUGGAAUAGCUGCUCUGUUUGGCGUCGCUUUCAUGGUGUUCUUCGUCCCACUGCAGAUGUAUCUGGGUAAGAUCAGCUCAGUGCUGCGACUUAAAGCUGCUAAAAGAACGGACAACCGAAUUCGGAUGAUCAACGAAAUCAUCUCGGGCAUUCAAGUGAUCAAAAUGUAUGCUUGGGAGAUACCCUUUCAGCAGAUGGUGGCAUAUGCGCGGAAAAAGGAGGUCAACACUAUUUGCCAAGGGGCUUAUGUAGAAGCUAUUACUUUGGCCUUCGGAAUAUUCGUGUCACGCGUCUCCAUAUUCCUCAGCCUAGUUGGUUAUGUGGUUUUAGGAAAGCUUCUUACACAGGAGGUGGCUUUCCUGAUUACCGCCUACUACAACGUACUACAAACUUCCAUGGCCAUUUUUUUCCCCGCAGCCAUUAAUCAGGCGGCUCAAUUUCUGGUUUCUAUGAAGCGUAUAGAAAACUUUAUGCAAUUGGAGGAAAUUGGACAGAGUGCAAGUUGUGAAAAUCCUCCUGAGAAUGCUAACGCCAAGAAGGUUCGCGAUGAAGCGGAGGAAAACCUAUUGUCCCCGAAAACCUCCGCCGUUAUUCCUCUCAUCCGACCGCCAUUGUCUGGAAUCUCCAUCACAAGGUUCUCGGCCAAGUGGGACACUAGCUCGCCCGACUACACACUUAGUGGAAUAAGUCUGCAGAUUCAUCCAGGCACCGUAGUAGCCAUUGCGGGACCCACGGGAUCCGGCAAAUCGAGUCUCGUACAAGCCAUUCUUGGCGAGCUGCAAGCUGAGUCCGGACAGGUCCUGGUUAAUGGCUCCGUAUCUUACUUCUCCCAGGAGCCGUGGCUUUUCUCCGGCACCGUGCGCCAGAAUAUCCUCUUUGGCCAGCCCAUGGACCGGCGGCGGUACGAAGCGGUGGUGAAGGAAUGCGCUCUGGUUCGAGACUUUGAGAUUCUUCCGCUUAAGGACAAAACCGUUGUGGGAGAUCAUGGGGCUUCCCUGUCUGGGGGUCAGAGGGCGAGGAUCUGCUUGGCGAGGGCUGUCUACCGAGAGGCCUCCAUCUACUUGCUGGAUGAUCCGCUGAGUGCUGUGGACACAAAUGUGGCCCGGCACCUCUUUGAGCGAUGUGUACGAGGGUAUCUGCGAGGACGCACUGUAGUCCUGGUCACACAUCAGCAGCAGUUUCUGCAGCAAGCCGACCAGAUUUUGCUGAUGGAUAAAGGACAGGUGAGUGCUGUGGGCACCUAUGAAUCGCUACUCAAAGAAGGCUUCACCAUGCUUCGCCAAACAGAGAAGGAACCAGAUGCUGAUCCUGAGGAUGCGAGUAUCUACAGCAACAAUCACAAGCUACGCCGCAACAGCGAAAAAUCAGAGCAUUCUAUAGCAGAUUCUUGUCCGGAGAUAAUCAAUACGGAGCUACAAGAAUCAGGCGGCAUCAGUCUGUCCUUGUACAGGAAGUACUUCCAGGCCGGCGGUGGAUUUCAAUCCUGUUUCAUGAUGAUUAGCUGCUUCGUGCUUGCGCAAGGUGUGAUCUCGGGGGGCGACUACUUCUUGAAUUACUGGGUUAGCAAACAGCGCAAAGUUACCGACCAAAAUCAAGAAGGACUUCUGGGGUCGAGCAUCCUUAUAAGUCGGCUGGACGUGGAGUGGUCUAUAAACUCUGACACCAUGGACAUGUGCAUAUUCACAAUGAUAAUAGUUUUGACGAUUAUACUGAGCGUGGCUUCUGCUAUUUAUUUAUUUUACAUUGGCAAGAAGGCAUCUAUCCGUUUGCACAAUACAACGUUCAACGCGAUUACGCGCGCCUCAAUGUACUUCUUCAGUAUAAACGAGCAUGGACGGAUUCUGAAUCGUUUUUCCAAGGAUAUGAGCCAAGUUGAUGAGACAGUGCCAUUUUUGAUGGUAGAUGUUGCACAAAUCUUUCUUUCACUGGCCGGAAUAGUCAUCGUAAUAUUAAUCGUCAAUCCGCUUUUGCUGAUUCCGACACUUCUUGUAGCAAUAGUUACGUACAAGCUGCGAACCUUUUAUCUAAAAACCUCGAGCGAUUUAAAACGCAUUGAAGCAAUCACUCGAUCGCCCGUCUACUCCCAUUUGGCUGCUUCCCUAUCUGGUCUAAGCACUAUUCGUGCCUUUGAAGCUCAGAGCACCCUUGAACUGGAGUUCGACAAGUUGCAGGACGUGCACAGCUCCACACUUUUCAUGUUCAUCACCACAUCUCGGGCUUUUGGGUAUUGGCUAGAUUGUGUAUGUGUUCUUUAUAUAGCAAUCAUUACGCUAAGUUUCUUCGUAUUUCCGCCGGUAAAUGGAGGAGUAGUGGGUCUGGCCAUUACACAGGCUCUCGGUUUAACAUCCAUGGUGCAGUGGGGAAUCCGCCAAUCCGCCGAGUUAGAGACCACAAUGAUAUCCGUGGAGAGAGUGCUUGAGUACGAGGACAUUGAGCCAGAGGGAGCCUUGGAAGGCCCAGCGAAAAGGAAGCCACCCCAGUCCUGGCCAGAGCAAGGGAAAAUCGUGUUUGACGACCUCAGCCUGCGCUACACUCCAGAUCCAAAAGCGGAAAACGUCCUCAAGUCACUCAGUUUCGUCAUCAAGCCGAGGGAAAAGAUAGGCAUCGUGGGGCGCACUGGGGCUGGCAAGUCCUCGCUCAUAAACGCCCUCUUCCGACUGUCUUACAACGAUGGAUCCGUCCUCAUAGACAAGAGGGACACAAGUGAGAUGGGUCUGCACGACCUGCGCAGCAAGAUCUCGAUUAUUCCCCAGGAACCCGUUCUGUUCUCCGGCACUAUGCGGUACAACUUGGAUCCCUUCCACGAGUACAGUGAUGAAAAGCUGUGGCACUCCUUAAAGGAGGUGAAGCUUAAGGAUGUGGUGGCCAAUUUGGCCACUGGCUUAGAGACCAAAAUCACGGAGGGAGGAUCCAACUUUAGCGUGGGUCAGCGCCAGUUAGUCUGCUUGGCACGGGCCAUUCUGCGGGAUAAUAGAAUCCUUGUGAUGGACGAGGCCACAGCCAACGUGGAUCCCCAGACGGAUGCCAUCAUCCAAACCACCAUUCGGAAGAAGUUCAAGGACUGCACCGUCCUGACAAUAGCCCAUCGAUUGCACACCGUCAUAGACUCGGACAAGAUUUUGGUCAUGGAUGCUGGACGGGCUGUGGAGUUUGGCACGCCCUAUGAGCUUUUGACGGCGGGAGAUACCAAGGUGUUUCACGACAUGGUCAUGCAGACGGGACAUGUCUCCUACAGCAACUUGCUAAGCAUCGCAGAGAAGUCCUUUGAAGGUCCUUAAAGUCCAAACUUUGUAAAAGAUUAUACAAAUUUAGAAAUUGCAAAUG